AUGGCGGCCAGACCUUUGAAGCGCCCUCGCCGAUCAAACGGUCUGCCGCGCCUACCAAGCGACAUAGACAACGCAGUCGCGGCCCUGGGCGGGAGAACCCACGCAACCGACCUCGCAAACAGCACCAUACAGUCUCAGAAGGCGCCAGUCAGUAAGGAACAACGUCUCGAAGAACUUGUGAGAGACUCCGGCCGCCUCAGGCAAGAACUUGACUAUUGGAAAAGCUUGGCUCUCACAGGAACCGCCUUCAUGUCCGACGUCGAACAAGUCGUGGUACAGCUUCGAGAUGUUUGCAGCCGUUUCGAGAGCGUUAUGAAUGAAACAAACACUAUGUCAGCGGAGGAGAGAUUGGGCUCUGGCUAUCUGUCCGAAUCUCGACAGAGGGAAGACGUGGAGGUGCAGACUGGUGACGGACCAGACUCGCCAUUAGUAGAGGAUAACCUUGACGUGCUCUUGGCCCCCGUCAGGCGAGGUCGAGA